CCUAGACAGAGUCACACACCGCCCAUUUGGACUAUCCCGGAAUAUAAAUCGAGCCGUUCCUGGGCUUUCCUCUGAGAUGCAGACAUAACCAAUGUUUGAUUGAGCGAUAUAUCCACCUUCAGCUGAAUAUCCCGGACAUUGUCGUGUUUGAAUCCCUUUGAACGGAUUUUUUGAUCAUGCGUAAAUUUAAGAGAUCUGAACUCUGCAAAAUUGGACUCGACUUCUUUGAGUUUUUAGCGGAAAGUGAUCGAGCAUCCAUCACUAAUAGAAUUGAACUCAGAGACAUUUACAACAAUGAGUUCAGAGACAGGAAUGCAAGAGAUCCAAACUUUGGUUCAAUCCUUUAUGCCCUGAAAUUGUAUAACAAAGUGACAAGAAGAGGAGACACUAUUCGCUUCAACUCUACAGUCAAAGCUCUGUAUGUGGACCAGUGGCACUCACGCAGGGAGCGUCAGCCAGUGCAGACCCAGAAUGGAGCAGCCAGUCCCGGGCCAGUAGAGACCUUUACCUCAGCAGAAGAAACAGCGACAGGGGUUCGAGCCAGGAGGAAACUGGCCAGUUUAUUGAUGAACAAGCUCAAGAUGGACAGGGCUCAGUUCAUUUCUGACAAACAUGGUGUCAGCAUCAGGUCCGACCAUCAGUUUGAGGAUGGGAAACUUUGCCUGUGUGUGGAAAGCACGUCUGAGUAUGUGGUAAAUCUGACUGUGGAAAACACAGGAACAAAACCUGUGCAUUUCACCUACUACACCCCGCUGCACUGGCUCAGAUACUUCUCUCUAAAUGAUGAACGCAGAGUGACCAAGAAAAACCCUCUCACAUUAAACCCAGGUGAUGGCUAUGAGAUCCAGAUUCGAUUCCACUGCACUUUGGUUGGUUUCUAUCCAGCCACACUGGCCUUUGAGUUUCAACCAGACCUGCAGUCCUCCAAUGCAUUCCACAUUGUGCGCUUUAUUGAGGCUCAAUGUAUGACCUAUUUAGGACGGGAGCUUGCACCUAUAGCCCCUUACAAACCUCGCUCCCUUCCUGCCGUUAUCCCUGAAACUUACUGCACGAUUGUUGAAGGGCAGCGACCUGAAGGGCUCUCUGUGAUUAAGCUAAAAAAUGAAGUUGAGUUAAAAAAGUACAAAAUACCACCAUAUAUGAAUCAGCUCAUCCAGUCACUGAAGAAGGGUACCCACUUCAACGAUAGAAGAAUCGCCUUGCUUGAAUGUCCCUUGAGCUGGGAGAACUACUCAGAGAGGUUCCAGCUGCUGCUGUAUCUGGAGGAGCUUCAGAUGGAGGUGGACAUCAGGAGAUACAACAUCCCCAAUAAUGAUGGAGAAUAUGCCCCCAUGGACAGAGAUCGAAACAACAAGAAACUUCUCAUUCUGAAGGUACCUGGUGUGUCUGAGAAUCGUCCGUCUGUGAUGCGAGGCGAUAAACUGCUUGUGUAUCCUGAAGGAAAGAAAGGGGUGAAGUACUGCGGCUACGUCCACAGUGUACAGCUGGACAGUGUACACCUGGGCUUUGGAUCAGAAUUGCUGGGUCUCUUUUUAGAUGGGAUGAAGUUCAGUGUUGAGUUCACUGUCAACCGCCUGACUCUGCGUGUUCAGCACAGAGCAGCAGAGCUGGCAGCUAUGUACAGACUCAAAGAGGUGUUGUUCCCUGCUGCACCCACAUCCUUCUGUCAGCAACCUGAGCUUCCCAGUCUCAGGCUGUUUGACUAUCAGCUGGAGAGAAACCCGGAGCAGUAUCAAGCUGUGCAACACAUUGUAGCUGGCUCAUCCAAACCAGCUCCUUACCUGGUGUUUGGCCCUCCUGGAACAGGCAAAACAGUGACUCUGGUGGAGGCCAUCAAACAGAUAGAGAAGCAUCAGACCUCCUGCCACAUCCUGGCCUGUGCUCCCUCAAACAGCGCUGCUGAUUUGCUUUGCAAGAAGAUUCUGGACCAUGUGGACGGGCAUAAAGUGUACCGCAUGUAUGCCAGCAGCCGGGAACCAAAGUUUGUCCCUGUUGAAUUACUGGCAUGCUCUAACCUGGUAGGGGAGUGUUACGAAUAUCCUGCUAAAGAGAAGUUGAUGGAGUACAGGAUUCUGGUUACCACCCUGUUAACUGCUGGAAGGCUGGUCACAGGGAACAUUCCUGUUGGACAUUUCACUCACGUGUUUGUGGAUGAGGCGGGACACGCUGUGGAGACCGAAUGCUUAGUCCCACUGGCAGGGCUGCUCUCUGCAGAGUCUGGUCAGGUUGUUCUGGCUGGGGACCCCAAGCAGCUGGGACCUAUUCUCAGAUCCCCUUUUGUGCUGAAAUACGGCAUGGGAGUGUCCCUCUUGGAACGGAUGAUGAAUGAUUUCCCUCUAUACCAGAAGGAAGAGGAUGUGUUUAACACGCGCUUUGUCACCAAACUGCUGCGCAACUACAGGUCCCAUCCUGCCAUUCUGAAGAUUCCCAACGAGCUCUUCUAUGACGGAGAGCUCCAGGUCUGUGCGGAUGAAAUGUUACGCAACUCCUACUGCAAUUGGGAAUACCUCCCACGGAGGGAUUUCCCAGUAAUUUUUCAUGGGGUGACGGGCAUCGAUGAGCGUGAGGCCAGCAGUCCUUCGUUCUUCAACAGAGCAGAGGUGGAGGUGCUGAUGGACUAUGUGACGAAACUGUUGGCGACACAAGCAAAGAAGGGCCUGUCUGCGAUCAGGCCUCGAGACAUAGGCAUUAUCGCCCCCUACAGGAAACAGGUGCAGAAAAUCCGUAAGGCCCUGCAAAAAGUUGGGAAAGACCUUAAACGUGUGGACAUGGAUACUCUGAAGGUUGGUUCGGUGGAGGAGUUCCAAGGUCAGGAGAGGAGAGUGAUCUUGGUGUCUGCAGUUCGGAGCAGCCACGACUACGUAGAGACAGACAAACGGUUCAACCUCGGCUUUGUCAAGAAUGAGAAGAGGUUCAAUGUGGCUGUGACUCGAGCUAAAGCCCUUCUAAUAGUGGUGGGAAACCCCAGAGUGCUGAACGCAGAUCCUGUCUGGGCCCGGUUCAUCCAGUACUGUAGAGAUGAGGGAGGCUACACAGGAUUUGUACAGGCAGAGGAAGACGAGGACGUGGUGGUGAGACUCGCUGCGCUCUUCAUGCAGAUUACAACUGAAGUGGAGACUGAAGAGAGUGUCGUCCAGCAGCUCCUGGACCCUGAGUGGAGGAGUGACCUGUGAGGAAGAGGAGACUUCCUGCCUGGAACACUUGAAUAGGUUGAUUAUUCUUUAUGUUUGUAGUCAAAUAUCAAUUUUAGUCAAGUCUCUCCGAAAAGGGCUUAGUGACACCUUUCUGUCACUUGUACAUAAAAAUAUCUUAACAUCGAUUUAUAAUCUUUUUCAUGUCAAUUACGAAUACUUUACCAAAGACCAUGAAGGACAGAGCAGACAGUUUGUUUUGGACUACUUUGGACA